GCUGGAGGAAGUGGUGUGCGUGCCUCAGCUCUGUCGUGGCUUGACUUGAACAGGAAGCUCCAGUAAUUUCGUUCAAAUUUGCUGGCGCCCAAGAGUGUACUUACUGCCAGUGAUUGAACACCAAUUUCGAAGAUGGGAAAUUUGCGGUAAAUUUUCCCUACGCAUUAUUCUCGGUAAUCUGACCAAGAAUAUUUUUGAAUUUGAAGUGUGAAUUCAGAGUAUGUAAUCAAUGAGGUUCUGAAAAAUGUUCCCAGAAUGGUUCGGUAUGCACUGUUUUAUAGCAUUCCCUUGCAAUAAACAUUAUUAAUAAUAUAUAUAAAAAUAAAUGAAAUAUUAAUACAUACGACACGGAAGGAAAAGAAAAUAUAGCGAAAUAUUUUCAAGAGAAGCGUGCAUGUUCGGCUCAUCAUUUUUAGCGCUCUCUGCGUCACAAUACUUCGAGGGAUCUGCGUUAACAUCAAGGAACUCGAAGGGCAAAAUGUUCAAGUGGAUGAAAACCAGCAAGCACAAACAAGACAAGCAGCCAAGCAAUAGCGCAACAAACAGUCCGCUUCCCAAGCGCAAGAACAGCAAGCAGUUUAAACUUCAACAGGCCAAACAAAGGGAAGAAGGAUGUCAAACAGACGUGGAAGACGAAAACAUAAUUAACUCAUCUCAAAAUAAUAACGGAUCUCUUAAAAACGGCCCUUCUGUUCAGUUCUCUAACAAAAACGGGUCUCUGAAAAAUGAGGAACAUUCUAACGGGAAUGUUCGAAAUAUUCCCCACUCGAACUGUUCAGUCGCCACCGACGCUUCUCUUUCAACAAAAACUGAAGAAUUAUCGAAUGUAGGUAGCCAAAAUACUCCUGUGGAUUUCUCCUCCCAAGCUAACAGUGAUUCAGGGUCAGAAAUUUAUUCCACUGCAAGAAAUUCCGGUUCAAUUCGCCGGAUUAACAAUCGGGCGUUUCAGACAGAAGCAACAAACGGCAAUGAUAGCGGGUAUCAUGAAAUUACCGGUUCUUUGUACAGCGCACCCGGUAGUUGUGCGGGUAAAAACACUGUCAAUGAUGAACGUAAGGAAGAUGCACGUAACGAUGUUAAUGGUUCGUGUUCAAGUGACGUAAUUCGAUCUCAGGAGCAAGAUUUUCGUCUGAAUGACAACUGCAACGAUGGCGACUUUGUUCGACGCAGCCUCCGCGGGCUGGGUGGCAUCACCUCGUAUGAAGCUAACGCCAGCGUCGGAGAUGUGAGGCCUCAUCCCCACGGCAUGCCAGCUCCCCCUAACCAGCCUUUACCUCCACUUCCAUACCACCAGCAACACCUAACUGCCCCAGGAACAUGCACUCUCCCUCGCAGAGGCCUGCAGAGGGAUAAUAAUGCAGGGAAGGUCCGGUCGCCAUCGAAUCCACCACCUACAAACCGACAGCCUUUACCUGCCCACUUCCGAGGCCAGGAGACCAGCAGUCGAGACCGCCCCCCUCCUUAUGAACACCACAUGGGUUACCGGGAUGAGAGGCAGAAUCAUGAGUACAAUAUUCAUAAUCCUCAUCCUGAUGUGAGAGGUCGUGUCUACCAGGCUCCUCCACCCCCGACCUACGGUUACGGCAGUAACAUGGCCAUAAAUGGGUCUGCUUACGAUCCCGGGGCUGCUAAACCAGUAAGUUCACAGCAACUCGCGCGAAGAGAAGAAAUGUUUGCCCAUGAACGAAUAAAUCGGUUCUCGCAACUUAGCGAGAAAUAUCGCUACGAAGACAACGCUUAUCAGCCUGAAAAUUUUCGCCCAGACAAUCCUAGUCUACUGCAUAUUCGUUCUGAGCAAAACUUAUUUGUGCCGCUUGGUCGCCACGGAGAUGGUGUAUCAAAUGGCGGAGGUCCUCCGUGUCAAGGGAAAAACAACUUGAUCCAUCAGAAAAACUUAGAUUUGUCUCGUGAAGUUCCCCGGCAUAACAUUGAUGUGGCCAGCCAUAGUCUAUGGAACGUUAGAGAUCAAGAUUCUGGAUUUGACUCGAUGAACUCUCGGGUUGGUGAGAGCGGUCCGAGGUCUCUGAACUGCCCAAAUGUGUCACAUGAAACCAAUAAUUUUAUUUCAACGAAAUCUACUGAAGAUUUAAUGUUAUCUUCUCACUUAUCGAAUCUAGCUCUGAACUCGAACUGUGGACCAGGAACUUCAGGUUACUCUCAGUCAAGUCCCAGGAAAGAAAAUGUGAACAUCUACAACCCCUCUCCAACAUCAAUGUCACAGAUCCUACCUUCAGAUAGCAUCUAUCCUCCAUCAGCUACCAAUCAGAGUUACAACUGCCAAACGGAGAGUGUUACCCUGUGCUCAAUGAAUAAAUCUGGUAGCCCUCGGAAACCGUUCCACCAAAACGGAGAUAUGGACAACGAAAUUCAGCACAGCAGGUUGCAAGCCGCUAGGCAGGGAAUCCACGACGAAAAAGUUGUUGAGAGGCCGUUUAAUUUUCGGAGUCAACUUCCUAGCGAAGAAAAUAAUGUUUAUAAUGGCAGCUUAUCCCACGAACGUUUUGAGAAUCAGCGUAACGGAAAUUUUGCAACAGAUAACAUGGAUAUUCAAUUACGGUGCAGUGGAAACGCUUCUGGAAGGGUUCAACCAAUCACAAGAAAUCACAGUCCCGAAAAAAUUCAAGAACAUUCUAAGCAGGACACUUCUGUCCUUUUUAUCCGAGAAUCAAAUGAUUCAAAGCAGCUUCUUCAACAUACUCGAAGCUUUAGAUCUCCUGAUGAAAACGAAGGAACUUUCAGGGCUCGGCAGGUCAUCUUGACGAGAGGAAUGGACGCUCAGAUCAAAAGGGAAGAUGAUCCAAAAAAUGAUUUUCAAUCAUCGGAGUUGCAUGACAACAUCGUUUUAUCCUCUCGACGGCAAACAUUCAGCGGAACGAGCUCUGGAAAUUUUAUGCCUUCUUCUCAAAGAAGUAAAACUGAAGAUGGUCGAGGGCCCCCGAGUCAAAGAGAAUUUGAUGAUCUGAUAUUUUCUGAGGAAAAGACCAGGAAUCUCGGAGUAGACAAUUCUCGGCAAACAAACAGAUUAGCAGAAGAAGAUUUCCAUUCUAAUGGUCUGACAGUGCGUGACCAACCAUCACAAAACAGAAUCAAUGCAGCAACCACGAGAGGCCGAUUAGUUGGGGAAGACUUUUCGAGGCCUGUUGCUCCUGUAGGAAAUUCUAGAAGUUUUCACCCGCAAGGUGAGAAAAAGUGGGGCGAGAGCUCGCAGCCGGGAAAGAUGACGGAGCGGGAAAGUGUGACUCGUGAGGCUUUUCCGCAAAAAGAUGAAAAAGUGCAGUUGAGAUCACAGAAUGAGGGAUGUUCUGACAAUGUGACUCCGUCGGCAUCUUGGAUGGAAUGGACUCAGCAACUGCAGGCUUACAUUGCCUGGGUGAACUCACAGCUUCGCAAGAAGUCUCUGCCUCUCAUCUCUGAUUUGAGACGAGAUCUCCAGAGUGGAGUUGUUUUCGCCGACCUCAUCGACAUUUUAGCUGGUGAGAAGGUGGCUGGAAUACAGAGGGAGCCUGGCGAAUUUGCACUUCAAACCAUGCGCGACAACAUCGACCGCGUGCUGCAGUUCAUGGCUGCCAAACGUAUCAAGAUGGUGCAAAUGACAAGCAAAGAUGUUAUGGAGGGCAACUUGAAAAGUAUAAUGCGGAUUAUCCUUGCCCUUGCCGCUCAUUAUAAACCCCAGAGUGUGAGGUGUCCUUCUCACUCUCAGAAACAAACAGACCAGAAGAAUCAGAACAUUCAAGUGGGCGUUGGACUUGGCGAGACGGCCUCUAACGACGCAGACCGAAGUGCAGCUGACGAAGGAAAGAGGACGAGUGGAAUGCCUGUGUCAAGAGUACCCGUUCGACAACCACACGCACGUAUGGAAAAAGAUCAAAACGGGGAAAUGCCCCUUGCUCCAGAUAAAACCCCGAACUUGAGUGCCCUUCGUCGAGGAAUCGUUGGUGCCGGGGCUACUGAUGAUCCUGAAGGAUGCACCACUCCAGGCACCCUCAGGAGACAACCCAGCCUAUCAGGGUCCUCUGGUAUACCCAGGCCAUGUUCACCAGUGUACGAGAAUUUACCACGUCGAGCUAGUAGCUCUCGAUGGGCUUACGAUUCUUUACGAGCUUCCCACAAAUUUCAGUGGGGAUUGGGAAAAUCCGCUGGAGAAUUUUUGAAAUCCAGGUCCCCACGUGUACAGCCCCACGACACAAGUGAGAAAUCCUCAUACCCUGACCAAAGAAAUCAGUCGCCUUUCAAUGCCUCACUGACGACGUCACUGAAUACAUCCUUCAAUACUUCAGUCGACACUGAUGCUGAGGACGCACGAGCGUCUUCAGACUCUCGAGCUUCAAACUCCAAUCAAAGUCCGAGCCGCCCGGCAGCUUUCACCUUCUGGCAAGGACUCCUGAAAAGCGGCGAGAAAAUCGAGGAUCACGAAACUAAAAUGCGGAGCGGCAGCGCUGACGGGAGGGCGUUCGACACUUCCACAGCCGCUGCCGACAGCAAUGAUGCCAACGACGCCGACUCCCCUUUCAGGUACCACACGAUACACCGCAUGAGUGGUCGACGCAAGCUACCACAAAUACCAUACAACCAGCCAGGAGGAUCUGGUCAGUCCAGUGUGAGAGGUACAACCCCCCAAAUGGGGAAUGGGGACCCAGCCAGCCCUCGCCACCAAGAUGAAGCCGCGUCGCGGGAGCCCGAGGGUCGCAGCCAGAACUCUUCCCCCGCUACGAGCCUCACCCGUGGCCCCACCCACGACCCGUGGCUGGGGAGGCCCGCGGGGCCCAGCACCCGGCGUGAGGAGGCCAUCCAAGAUGUCCUCAAGGACCUCAAGAGCACCCGGGACCAUCUCCUGGCCCUGCAGGCUCUCGAUGGCUCAGCACCAGCUGAGGGCACCGCGCGUCCUACAGUGCCUUCGUCUGCAGCCCUCAAGAGGAAGGCUGAGGGCCUGCCCACCGCUGCAGGGGAUGAGGUUACGUCUAGGGUGAAUCGUGGCUCACACGCCCCCGGUGCCCUCGGUUCAAAGGGCGUGAGGGAGGAGAUCGGCCUAGUGAGGGAAGCCAUCGGUGCCCUCAGAACAAACUUCAGGAGCACGGAUCCUAACCAGCAUAUCCUAGAUACGCUGGAGCAGGCCAUAGGAGUCCUCAUGGAGAAGAGCGUAGCUGGGGGCGGCGCUCCUGUAUCUCCUGCAGAUGACAGUCACUACCAGUGCUCGAGUGGUGCAGAAAAUGGCGCUACCCAAACUAAAGUAAUCUACUUCACGGAGCGCACCGUGACACCGUUCAUGUCGACGGUGUUCAAGGCACUGGGGCAGGUCAGGCUGCGGGACUUCAAACAGGUUUUCGACAGGCCCGGCCUCCAUCGCUACCACUUCAAGAACUAUGACCCGGAGUACGGCAUGGUCAAGGAGGAGAUAAUCAACGACGACGACAUCUUGCCUGGAGUUGACGGCAAGAUCAUCGCGUGGGUGCAGGAAGAUCGCGAGUAACAUUAAGCCAAAGAAUUUUUAGUAAUAUUAUUAUUUAUCAUUACAUUUGAUCGUUAUCAUUAUCAUUCUUACCAUUGAAUUAAUGUUAAAUAUAAUUAUUAUUGUUUUCGAUCAUAUCAAACAUUCACUUUUCUGCCCCAUGAUAAUGAUUAUAUUUUUCGAAUUGUUGUACUUAAUUAAGAUAUGAGGAUUAGUGAAGCAGGAUGGAUUGAGUUAAUGUUUUGUUUCGUUGAAGGUAAUAAAAUUAAAAUAGUAUGAAAGAUGAUCUAGUUUUAAUAAAAACAGUUAUUUAGCACUGUGUGUGUGAACUACAACAAACGAGCUUUUUUAUAUUGUACUGAACAAAUUAAGGCCAGCUUAGAAGAAGAUUGUUCUUAAUCUGAAAUGUUUAUCUGGCUACACACAAAAAAAUUAAUCGGUCAUAUUGUACAAAAAGUGACACUUUCUUACUCACUACUCGAGCAGAGAGCUCGUGGAGUUUAAUACUUUUAAAACUUAAUACUUUACCCGUGUUUAAACCUUAAUACUUUACAUCAGGACGGAUAAUAUGGAAUCAUAUUUCAGAAAAUUAUGGGUCAUAAGGGCAAUCAAAUUUAGACUGUAACAUACGGUAUGUGGAAAAUUGUAGAUAUUUCUAAUUAUUUGGUCUUUUUUUGCCCAGUUAAAAAAAUGCAAAUUUCAGGUUUCUAGGACAAACGGUAAUUAUCCAAGUUUUAAGCAACAAUAAGACUUUUCAUGUAACAAUGAAUAGAACGGCUAAUUUUAUUUAAACUGGUAAAAUAUACUUCAUUUACAAAAUUAAUAACAUUUUGUAGAAUAAACGCAUUGCAAAUAUCGUGCUGACUAUCGUGGUAUCCCAUGCAAUUUAAAUUUUAUUCAUUUGUGCUAUAAAUAAUAAAAAAUUCUAAUAAAUAAAUGGCGAUUUGUUUUGUACAUUAAUAUUGUUGCAACGCGAUCUCGUAAAUUGUGCAUGUAAUACCUAUAAUCCCUGGGAUAAUGAUUAUAAAACUUUUGUACAGAAAAUCAUAUUAACCAGACAUAGAAGAAAAAUCUUUCCGGAGACGUUGAUUUUUGGUUGAAUUUUGGCUUUACAUUAAUUGUAAGCUGUACUUGUAAGCAAACUCACUCUGUGUUUGCACAUUAAACAAUAUACUGACAGUAUUAUACAUGUUGCAAGACCGUUGACAUGUUAUUUCAUGUAUUAUUUUUGAAACGCAGCAUUUGGAAAAUGUGUGGUAAUUAUAGUGAUAAUCAUAAAAUUUUUAUUCGUGAGUAAAUUCAUCAAGUUCACGAAUGGACGUUGAACUCUUCAAUUAUCAUUUACAUUCAGUCCCACGAUUCAAAUAUCGAAACCGAUUUAAAUGUCGUCUGUAAACGUGUUGUUGCCGUUCAUUUUUCUUACAUUUUUCCAGCUGUGCCUACCUGAAAAUUUCGAGAUCAAAAAUUCAAUUGAUGAUAUAAAAAAUUAUUUAAACUUAAGAACUUAAGGACAUUACAAAACAAAUGAAUGUUCAAACAUCUUUUAGAACUUCACCACGUGAGGUUGAAACGCUAUACCUUUCCUUAACGGCACAACCUGGACUGAUUUUUGAUUUGGGUUUCGUUUCUUGUACCUAUUGUGUAAUUACUUUACUAAACCAAAAUAAAUGAUUUUAGAUG